UUAAGACAAAGAAAGGGGUAUGAUCCGAGUUGAAAAGGCUGAGAAAAACUCGUACAAACAAAGAUAAAAAGCAAAUAUAACUCACACAGAAAUCUCGUUGACAAAUCGAAGACGAAGAAAAAGUAUACCGAUAUUUGAGCUUCCUGUCCGAUCUAGCUUCUCCUUCUCCCUCAAAUUUUAGGGUUUACUCAAGUUUUGGCUUCCGAUCCAGUUUUUUUUUUCUGUCUAAGUUCCAUAUAUUCUCUCUUUCUCUGGCAUUGAUUUCAGUUUGGCAAGCAAUAAUUGGAAAAGAGGGUUUCGGUUUCGAAAUUAUGACAACUUCAUGGGCAGAUUCGGUGGCUAAUUCUCAUUCUGAGAAUGCAGCUGCAACUGGUUCGUCCGGCGAAAAUGGGUCAUCACGCUUUCCUCGUUCAACUUAUGUGCCCCCACAUCUUCGUAACAAGCCCCCUUCAUCUGAUCCUCCGGCUGUGUCACAAUCUGGGCCGUCACCUGUUGGUGACCGCCCUGGUUAUGGUGGGCCAGCGGCAGUUCCUCGCUGGGGUGGUAGUUCUAGGCCAGAUUUUGGGCGUCCUGGAUACGGUGGUGGUGGUGGUGGUGGUGGCGGUGGUAGAACUGGUGGCGGCUGUGGCUGGAACAACAGAGGUGGGGGAUGGGACCGUGGAAGGGAACGUGAAGUCAACCCAUUUGGCAAUGACGACGAUGCUGAACUUGCAUUCAGCGAGCAAGAAAAUACGGGGAUUAACUUUGAUGCAUAUGAGGAUAUUCCUGUGGAGACAAGUGGGGGUAAUGUGCCACCACCUGUGAAUACUUUUGCCGAAAUAGAUUUGGGGGAUGCAUUGAACAAUAAUAUUCGGAGGUGCAAGUAUGUGAAGCCAACUCCUGUCCAGCGUCAUGCAAUACCAAUUUCUCUUGCGGGGAGGGAUUUGAUGGCUUGUGCCCAGACUGGGUCAGGGAAGACAGCUGCUUUCUGCUUUCCAAUUAUUAGUGGGAUAAUGCGAGAGCAGAAUGUUCAGAGACCACGUGGAGCACGAACAGUGUACCCUCUUGCUCUCAUUCUCUCCCCAACAAGGGAGCUUUCAUGUCAGAUACAUGAAGAAGCAAAAAAGUUUUCAUAUCAAACUGGAGUCAGGGUGGUCGUUGCUUAUGGAGGAGCACCAAUAAACCAACAGUUGCGAGAGCUUGAGAGAGGAGUUGAUAUUCUUGUGGCAACUCCAGGAAGAUUGGUAGAUUUGCUUGAGCGAGCGAGAGUGUCACUGCAGAUGAUAAGAUACCUGGCUCUUGAUGAGGCAGAUCGAAUGCUGGACAUGGGUUUUGAGCCUCAAAUUAGGAAGAUAGUGGAGCAGAUGGACAUGCCUCCUCGUGGUAUGCGACAGACGAUGCUGUUUAGUGCUACAUUUCCUAAAGAGAUACAGAGAAUGGCUUCUGAUUUUCUUUCCAAUUACAUAUUCUUGGCUGUUGGAAGAGUUGGUUCAAGUACUGAUCUAAUUGUUCAAAGAGUCGAAUUUGUACCAGAGGCUGACAAAAGAAGUCAUCUUAUGGACCUUCUUCAUGCACAGAAGGAGAAUGGAACCCAUGGGAAGCAAUCUUUGACUUUAGUAUUUGUGGAAACAAAGAAAGGAGCUGACGCAUUGGAGUAUCGGUUGACUAUGAGUGGAUUUCCUGCUACUACUAUCCACGGUGAUAGGACACAACAGGAAAGGGAGUAUGCAUUGAGGGAAUUCAAGAGUGGAAAUAAACCAAUUUUAGUUGCAACAGAUGUGGCAGCACGUGGUCUUGAUAUCCCCCACGUAGCUCAUGUCGUAAACUUUGAUCUCCCCAAUGACAUUGAUGAUUAUGUUCAUCGGAUUGGGCGUACAGGCCGAGCUGGAAAAUCAGGAUUGGCAACAGCUUUCUUCAAUGAGAAUAAUUCUUCGAUGGCAAAGCCUCUGUCUGAUCUGAUGCUAGAAGCAAAUCAAGAAGUGCCCGAUUGGCUUACUCGUUAUGCAUCGAGGACUUCUUACGGUGGUGGUGGUAAGAACCGGCGUGGUUCUGGUGGAGGCCGAUUUGGUGGUCGUGAUUUCAGGAGGGACAACUCUUAUGGCAGAGGACAAGACUACUAUGGUGGAGCAAAUAGUAGUGGGUAUGGGGUUCCUGGUGGUUAUGGUGGGGGUUAUGCACCUGGUGUCACCAGUGCCUGGGAUUAGUCUCCUGAAAUGUACUUGAACCGUUCUCUAAUUUUCACUCGAGUAUAUAUAAUUUUCCUUCAGAAUAUAAUGGAGUUUUCUGGUGCUA